CUGCCAUGUGAUCUGCCCUGUGCCAACAUGGCGGCGCCCAGGUCCUAUCCGGGAAAUGUGCACCGAGACUAAUUCGGUUCUCGGUGCUGCGAGAGAAGGCUUGGUAGGCUGAGGCUCCCGCGGAUGUCCGGUGCGAGGAUCGUUCCAUGGUUAAGCCUGACUCUCCGCUCCGCCUGCAGUCUCUGUAGAGCCAGGUUUAUGGAGGGGAAGCCCCAAAGGCCGACGGAUCCAGUCUCGAUGGAGAACGGCACGGUGCCCCGUGGAGAAAAGCGCCCACCUGAGGCCAAGGAGACGACGGUCACCGAGGGGGCCGCCAGGAUCGCCUUCCCCAGCGCCAACGAAGUCUUCUACAACCCAGUGCAGGAGUUUAACCGGGACCUGACAUGUGCUGUGAUCACUGAGUUUGCUCGCAUUCAGCUCGGGGCCAAAGGAAUCCAAAUCAAGGUGCCAGGUGAGAAGGACGUGCAAAAGGUGGUCGUGGACUUGUCGGAGCAAGAGGAGAACAAGGCUGAACUUAAAGAGGGUGCAAACGUGGCCCCUGGAGACCAACCUCAAACAGCCGCCGUGGGGGAGAUCUGCGAGGAAGGUCUGCGAGUGCUGGAGGGCCUGGCAGCCUCGGGCCUCCGUUCCAUUCGCUUUGCCCGAGAGGUGCCUGGGCUCCAAUCCGUGGUUGCCAAUGAUGCCUCUGCCCGAGCUGUGGAUCUCAUACGCCAUAAUGUUCAGCUCAACAAGGUGGCCCACCUGGUACGGCCCAGCCAGGCAGAUGCCCGAAUGUUGAUGUACCAGCACCAGCGGGUAUCGGAGCGGUUUGAUGUCAUCGACCUGGACCCCUAUGGCAGCCCUGCCCCCUUCCUGGAUGCAGCUGUGCAGGCUGUGAGUGAAGGAGGGCUGCUGUGCGUUACCUGUACGGACAUGGCAGUGCUGGCGGGGAACAGUGGGGAGACUUGCUACAGCAAGUAUGGGGCUAUGGCCCUCAAGAGCCGGGCCUGCCACGAGAUGGCUCUGAGGAUCGUCCUGCACAGCCUGGACCUCCGCGCCAACUGCUACCAGCGCUUCGUCGUGCCGCUGCUCAGCAUCAGCGCUGACUUCUAUGUGCGAGUUUUUGUUCGUGUCUUCACUGGCCAGGCCAAGGUCAAGGCCUCAGCCAGCAAGCAGGCACUGGUGUUCCAGUGUGUGGGCUGCGGGACUUUCCACCUUCAGCAGCUUGGCAAAGCAUCAGGGGCCUCUGGCGGCAGGGUCAAGUUUUCUGCAGCCUGUGGUCCUCCUGUGGCUCCCGAGUGUGAGCACUGUGGGCAGCGGCACCAGCUUGGUGGUCCCUUGUGGGCAGAGCCCAUCCAUGACCUGGAUUUCGUGGGCCGUGUUCUAGAAGCUGUGAGCACCAACCCCAGCCGCUUCCACACUUCGGAGCGGAUCCGAGGAGUCCUGAGCGUUGUCACCGAGGAGCUGCCCGACGUGCCUCUGUACUACACGCUGGACCAGCUGAGCAGCACCAUCCACUGUAGCACACCUAGCCUCUUGCAGCUGCGGUCGGCCCUUCUCCAUGCUGGCUUCCGGGUCUCGCUCUCCCAUGCCUGUAAGAACGCUGUGAAGACGGAUGCCCCUGCCUCAGUCCUUUGGGACAUUAUGCGCUGCUGGGAGAAGGAGUGUCCAGUGAAACGCGAGCGGCUGUCAGAGACCAGCCCGGCCUUCCGCAUUCUCAGUGUGGAGCCCAGGCUGCAGGCCAACUUCACCAUCCGGGAUGAUGCCAACCCCAGCUCCCGCCAGCGAGGACUCAAGCGCUUCCAGGCCAACCCUGAGGCUAACUGGGGCCCCCGGCCCCGUGCCCGGCCAGGGAGCAAGACGGUGGGCGAAGCUAUGGAGCACAGACGCAGGCUGCUCCAGAAUAAGCGAAAGGAACCGGCGGAGGACCCGGCCCAGCGGGCAGCCCGGCUUAAGACAUUUCCUUGCAAGAGGUUCAAGGAGGGCACCUGUCAACUGGGGGACCAAUGCUGCUACUCCCACAGAUCCCCAACACCCAAGGCCACUGCUGAAGCCACCUGCACUGAUUGUCCACAGACUCCCAACCAGAACCCACCUGGGCCUGGAGCCACUGCUGGUCCAGGCGUAGACUGAGCCAAUAAAGAGAUGUCAC